AUGGAGGAAAUUUUUGAUCACGAGUCGCUUAACGAGGAGGAAUUAAAUGGUGAAAUGACCGAUGCGGGGUAUGAAAACGACGAGGAUGAAGGCGAUCUUGAUAUGAAAGAUAUCGGGGAAGAAGCGUGGCUUGUCAAGGUUUUACCUAUUCUAUAUGGUGGGUCGAACUUGAUGAUGAGUCGUUGGAACUUGCAAGAGUUCGAAUCUAUUCUCAACAACAGCCCUUCUGAUAAUGAUCUGCACAAAGAUUUGCCCAAAGAGUACGAGCUCGACAUCAUAGGCAAAGAUGUCCAGGAUUCGUAUUGUUUCUGUCAAGACAUCAAUGCAGAUACACGCACGGUGAAGACAACUUUCAAUAUGAAGCCGAGUACAAAUGAUGUAGAAUACAAUAAAAAACUGCGUGAAAGAACAAUACAAGCUUCGAAACCUGAAAGAACGAUUAGGAUUCUCGGAGAGGACGAGAGUCGUGGCGCUUACGUUCCACCUGGUGGUACUUCUGCUGCCCAAAAAAAAGCCAAGGUUACCAUGGAACAGAAGACUACGCGUAUGCCCAGAAACGAUCUUUUGGAUUUGCUUUUCGAUGCAUUCUCGAGAUAUAUGUAUUGGACUUUUCGUGGUCUAAAAGACUAUGCGAAGCAACCCGAGUCUUAUCUUAAGGAAAUAUUAAGUGAAAUAGCUAUUUUGGAUAAGAAGGGUCCAUACAAUAAUUGUUAUCAUUUAAAACCAGAGUACAGCCAAAAGAAUUCGGCAGCGGAAAUAUCGGUGGCACCACAAGGUUUAGAAGCACCCAUCGCAGGUGUUGGUAGUGGUGGUGAGGAACAACUCGAAUUUGAAGAGGACGAGACGAUGUUGGAUCGAAAUUCAGAUGAUGAAGAAUUAUUCGGCUCCGAAUAA